AGGAAAAGGGGAGGAGAUACAAAAGGGAGGAACAUAGAGCAGAGGAAGGGAGAGAGACAUAGUAAGGAGGUUUAGGAGCAAGAGGGAGUUGUUGCCGGUGAUACAGUACAGACAGACAGACACAACUCAUUUUCCUCCUGCAGCUUCCAUCCACAGCAGCAAUACCAGUGUAUUUUAAACAACUAGGGCUGGAAGUGCAGGCGACAGAGAAAGGGAGUUGCCUACUAGCAGAGGUCAGGCAGGCAGAGGGGAAGCCGGUGGAUGUUUUUAAGAGUUUGCUUAUCUGACACUGACAACAGGAUGAGAAGCUGAGCGAGGGAGCAGAGAGGGGAGAAAAACAUGGACAGAGGAGCAUUACCUACAGUCCAUUUACAUAGGAGACAUAGGAGAGACAGGCACUGGUUACCUUGAGAGAGGUAGAAAAAUAAAGGAGAGAGAGAGAAAAAGAGGUAAAAUAGUCCACUUUGUCUAUUCUGUCUAAAGGAGCGGGAGCGAGAGCCGAGGGAUCGUAACACUGGAGCUCAAGGAUAAACCAUGGACUCUGCAUACAUCCCACCACACCUGGACGUCCACCAUGUUCCCUGCUAACCUCCUGCUCCUCAUGGUCCUGCUGCUACCUCAAGCCUCGUCUGGUCGCCAGGGUGGAGACACCAGCAAGAUCGACCAUGGCAGAGUGUCGCCCAUACCUUCUUCCUUGUCCCCCACACCAGCUGGUUCCCUCCUGAAGCCCAGUCUGGCUCAGACCAUCCAGAGUCUACUCCUGAGCCGGCUGGGCCUGCAGUCGCAGCCUGACCCUCGGCCUGGAGUGCCGGUGCCCCGGUACCUCCUGGAUCUUUACCGCUUCCACCAGCAGCAGUACCAUCUAGUGGAGGACCCUUUAUUUAGCUUCCCCAGCCAGCACAUCCAGCAGGCUAACACUAUACGCAGCUUUCACCACAAUGAGCCUCUUGGAGACAGUCCCAUAGCAGAGGAUGGUAAAAGGGUCCACAUCUCCUUCAAUAUUUCCUCCAUCCCUGAAGAUGAGAGGGUGCUCUCUGCUGAGCUGCGGCUCCUCCGCAGUGACAGAGCCUACUUGGGUCCUGGGGCCCACAGACUAAACAUAUACCUCUCUGAGCACCAUGAGGACCCUGCACCCACCCUGCUGGAGACAAGGUUACUCACCACUGGUCUCCAUAGUCAUAAAGCAAGUGGUUUCUGGGAGGCUUUUAGCCUAAAUACAGAGCUCCUCCAUAAGGCUCUUGCUGAGACUGGCAUACUGGGCUUCCUUCUGGAGGUCAGACCUGAGAACAGCACCACCUCACUCCCUGACCAGAGCGUCUUCUCUGCUGCAGGUGAGGAGGAUGCAGAGAAACACAAAGAGGGACACCUAAGGGUAUGCAGGUCUGUGGGUCAGGAUGAGCACAGCUGGGCCCAGGAGAGACCCCUCUUGGUGACUUACAGUCAUGACGGGCGUGGAGAGCCCUUAGUCAAACACGGCAGGAGGAACCCCGGUGGUGGCCACGGGAUGAGAGGGAGAAAAGGGACAAAAGAGAGGGCCAGGAGCAGCAGCAAGGGCCACAAUAGAGACCAAGCCUGGGGGAGGGCCAAAAAAACGGGGUAUACAGUGCCGGGGUUGGGGCAUGAUGAUAAAGGAAGGGUCAGUUGGAGCGAAAGUGGAAGGGUGAAAAGAAAUGGUGGUCGUGCUGCCAAACUGAAACGCCUUUCCCGCAACAGAUGCCGCCGUCAUCCUCUAUAUGUAGAUUUCAACGAUGUGGGCUGGCACAAGUGGAUCAUUGCACCCAGCGGCUACGACGCCUUCUUCUGCCUGGGAGAGUGUCGCUUUCCUCUGGCCGACCACAUGAACUCCUCCAGCCACGCCAUGGUGCAAACUCUGGUAAACUCUGUGAAUGGAGCAGUGCCCCGGGCCUGCUGCGUCCCCACCUCCCUCAGCCCAAUCGCCCUGCUCUACCUGGACCCUCAAGACCGAGUUGUGCUGAAGAAUUACCAGGACAUGGUGGUGGAGGGCUGCGGCUGCCGGUAGUGGGCAGGAGAACUCACCCAGAGAAAGCCAGACAUGGAUGGAGGAGCAUCGAGGAAACAGGAGAAAGACAGAAGCAUAAAAAGGCAGAUGGUGGGAGGAACAGACUGUAGAGGCCAGCUAACUGCAAACAGACAUGGAAACUGAUAGAGACAAAUGUAGCAGCAUAAGAAGGAUGAGUGGAAAGGUGGGAGAUAAUGGAAUGCGUAUAGCAGCUAAAUCAUUAUCAGGAGUAAGGGUCAGACAUAGAAAGAGAGAGAAAACGUGAGAGAAACAAACAGCAUCUGCCACACAACAGGAUAAAUGAUUAGACAAUAAGUCAGAGAAGUGCAAGCAAGAAUAUAGUCAACACAGGUAAAGCGCCAGGAAUUACUUUUCACCUUUUUCCCAUUUAGCAAUGAUGCAGCUGUUUACACCAUCAACUGACAGGCAACUUGUGCUCUCAUGAGAAGCCAGCGCUUUAACAUCAGCAGGAGUCUAUGCUAUAUUCCAGUGUUUGCCACUCAUCUCACUCUCACACAACUGUCUGACAGGCACAUGUGUUUAGCUCUUGUGGAGGGCAGCUGAAAUGAUAAACAUUCAGAGUAGGCGGUCGUGGACAUACUUCAAUUAAAGCUCUGGAGCAGAAUUGUGUAACUUUUUGAUGGACUUCCUGAUGAUCAACAUCAUUAGCAAUACGAUGAUGGCACUAGCAUGGCAUCUAAACUUUUGUGUGACAGUUGUUGUUUCUGCAGUAUUGGAACCGAGAAGUAGGGUGCAUCUGUUUUUAUGAACGUUAAUAUAAUGACAGCUUACAAGCACCCCUACAUCACAAGCUAUUUAAAACCACAACAAUAAUGCUGAGGAACUAUUAUGCUAUUGUUUGAAUGUACUACUAUCACUAUUAUUUAAAAAAAGAGACUUUUUUGUACAUUCCUUUUGCAGACGUGAAGAAAAUCCAAGUGAUGGUUGUCUUGUGAUUAUACAUAAUUCCACUAAAUGGCGAUCCUAACUUAAAAGACACAUUAUGUAUUUAAAUAGCAGCAAUAUGGUGUAUUUAAUCUUGAAAAUAUUUAAGAUACCUGCACUCAACGGAGCAUACAGCAAACUGAAAGCCUGCCACCCACCUGAAAUAAGUUAUGGUCGCUUUACAUCUGUACAAAUGUUCAGUGUAUUGAAUUAACAGUCUGUAUUACUUAAACUUCCCACCUUAUCAUUGCACACAUUUUGGUGUACAACACAUGAUAGCAGACAUAAGUGGUGUUGCCUUUAAAAACUCAAUUAACAAGUCAAUUGAAAGCUCUAUGUAUUGUAGCUACUGAAGUGUGUAACAACAGGUGUCUUUGCUAGUUGUGUCUGCAUGUGUCAAGAAGACUGAUAUUAAAACUGGGACUUUAGUGCCUUUCAAACAGGGGCUUUAAAAGUGUUCUCUGCUGAGCUUAGUAAUUGUUUUUCAGUGUUGCAUUUUCCUCUCUAAAUGGAAACAUUUAAGCAACAGCUUGUAAAAUGUUUGACAAUAUACCUCUAAUAAACAAAGCAA